CACAUCCUCGUAAGCCACGUCAGCUGUGACACACAGUGCGAUUUGUUAUCGGUCUGGGUAGGUAAUGCGAUGAUUUAUCCGGUGAAGGGAAGGGAAGGCAGAGAGAGAAAGAGAGUGGUGUUGCUUAGUAGCCAAGACAAUAAUAAUAUUGAAACCCAAUUUAAUUAGGUUUCCACCUGCUAUUGUAUCGUUAGAAACCGAAACUGUCAAGAGUGGGCGAGGAUGGCAGAAGAAAAAGAAUCAACGUCGAUUCCUCUUAGUCAAGCCGACAAUGCAUCUCGCGACGAUCCCGAAGACCCAGCCAAGUCUCCUCCAAGCUCCCCCAACUCCUCCACUCGCAGGGCUUGCUGCUUUGUUCUCCAGAGUUGGGUCUCAAAGAAAUUUAUGACUGGAUGUGUUGUUCUUUUUCCAGUAGCUGUUACCUUCUUCAUUACAUGGUGGUUUAUUCAGUUCGUUGAUGGUUUCUUUAGUCCAAUAUACUCCAGGCUUGGCAUUGACAUAUUUGGACUUGGUUUUGUUACAUCGUUAGCUUUUGUAUUUCUUAUUGGUGUUUUUGUUUCGUCAUGGAUGGGAGCCACUGUUUUCUGGAUUGGAGAAUGGUUCAUAAAGCGAAUGCCCCUUGUUAGGCAUAUAUAUUCUGCAUCCAAGCAGAUUAGUGCUGCAAUAUCUCCAGAUCAAAAUACCACUGCCUUUAAAGAGGUAGCAAUUAUCCGUCACCCACGUGUUGGUGAAUAUGCCUUUGGCUUUAUUACAUCAACUGUUACUCUACAGAAAGAUAAUGAAGAUGAAGAGCUUUGUAGCGUUUUUGUCCCAACGAACCAUCUGUAUAUUGGCGAUAUAUUUUUGGUUAACUCGAAAGAUAUUAUAAGACCAAAUCUUUCCAUUCGAGAAGGCAUAGAAAUCAUUGUUUCCGGGGGAAUGACUAUGCCACAAUUGAUAUCUCCAGUGGAAAGGGAAACUAGACCGAAUGAGAGAAUCUCUCUGAACAGAAUUGGAUAAAGAAUUAUACCUGUUGAAGAUCACGACUUCUUGUACUUGUCGUCUAUUAACAUGGAAUGGAUGGACCACGUUGGUGAUGGACAUUAUAUUCUGAACUGCCUUCUGAUGGAAAUUGUAUUUGUAUAAGAAAAUUGUUGUUUUUUACAUUCUGUUAGAAGUUCAAAUGAAAGUAAGAUAUCUUGUACCACUGUAGUUGUAUUCCCAGUAUACCCCCUGCUUUUGUUCUAUUUCUAUCCACCCAACCUUAGUUUGACACAGACGAGCUACCAAUAUAUAUUCUGAGGGCCUCAUGUUAUUAACAUGAAAUAGUAACAAAUCAUAGUAGUUGGAUCUCUGUCCAAAUAUAAUUGAUGAGGAGUUUAUCUAAAUUA